AUGAGGUCUCUCCUAGGUCUCCUAUUUCUUCUCUUUGUUCAACUUUCUACCGCCCUCAAAUUCGACCUGUCUGCCGUCAGUGGGAAGAAUGAACGGUGUAUCCGUAAUUUCGUCUUCAAGGACCAGCUGGUGGUGGUGACUGCCAUUGUCAGCGGCAACAAGGGUGACGGACAGGUGGUCAACAUGCACAUCAAGGAUGCCCUGGGCAAUGAGCACGGUCGCCCGAAGGAUAUCGCCGGGGAGACUCGCCAGGCCUUCACUGCCCCUGCCGACACUGCCUUUGAUGUCUGCUUUGACAACCAGCUUACCACCCGCCAUGCUAUUCCUAAUCCUUACAAAUCGAUCGAGCUCGACGUCGAAAUCGGAGCCGACGCCCGCGACUGGUCCAGCAUCCAGGUUCAGGAGAAGCUCAAGCCCGUCGAGACCGACCUCCGUCGCAUCGAAGAGAUGGUCGCGGAGAUUGUUAGCGAGAUGGAGUACCUGCGCGCCCGUGAGCAGAAACUGCGCGACACAAACGAGAGCACGAACGAGCGUGUCAAGUGGUUCGCUUUCGGUACCAUGGGCAUGUUGGUCGGAUUGGGCGCUUGGCAGGUAGUCUAUCUGAGGGCUUACUUCAGUGCAAACACAGCAAACACCGCAUCGCCGGAUGAUGUCAACCCGGUCUUUAUUCGCCGUGGUCAGCGUCCUAUUACCGACGGACUUCCCCAGAAUUUCUUUCGAGAACCGUCAUCUUCUGGGAAUCCUACUCGGUCCAUAUGUCCGCAUCCAGACUCGUCCACCGCUUUAUGCGGCCAUCCGCCUCUUCCAUCUCGUUCACCACGACUACAUUCGCCCGAUCGCGCGCCCUCGACCGCGCCCCAGCACCGGGAGAACCAGGUCAACAAGCCUCCCAACCCCAAUGUUCCCAACACGACCUCCACGAUGACCAAGGACUUCCCCAAAGUGGGCGCAAAGUCCGCGCCGCCCGACCUCGUGGGCGCCGUCAACCCGAACUACAAGCCGGCCGAUCCGUACCCCGGCAAGGUUGAGCAUUUCACCGGCGGGCGGGAGGAGACCGGGGCACAGAAGCCGGAACUGGGAGUUGGAGAGAUGGAGGGCAUCACCUUCCGGGUUGAGCCUCUCCGUCGGACCGGAGAGGAUGUAUCGACCAUGCGUGCUCGGUUGUUGUAUCAGAGUAGAAAGCGAGGCAUCCUCGAGUCGGACCUCCUGCUCUCUACCUUCGCAGAUGUCUAUCUGAAGGAGAUGGACCAGGAGCAGCUGCAGGAGUACGACCGCUUCCUGGAUGAGAAUGACUGGGAUAUCUAUUACUGGGCGACGCAGGAUCCCCCGGCCGAUGGAGGGGAGGAGUCUCCCUCGUCCACGACCCAGGGAGCUCAGGACACUGUCACGGAGACCUGGAAGCAGACUGGAGCCAAGAGCGGCGAGUGGGCGCAGACCGUGGGCGCCUACAAGGCUGCAUACCGGCCCGUUCCGUCGCGGUGGAAGGACUCGAAGGUGCUGGAGCUACUCCGGGCGCAUGUCCGAGAUAACAGCGCGACGGGCUUCCAGGCGGCGAAGAGUAAGAAGACUGGCGGUGCUGGAUUGGGAAGAAUGCCCAAUCCCAGAGUCAAGGACAAUUGCUCCGCCCGCGUUCAUCUCUCUCCUCAUCGUCACCCAGACUCCAACAUGGCUGAGCAACUGGUCCUCCGCGGUACCCUCGAGGGUCACAAUGGCUGGGUUACCUCCCUGGCUACCUCUCUGGAGAACCCCAACAUGCUGCUCUCCGCCAGUCGCGACAAGACCCUGAUCAUCUGGAACCUCACUCGCGAUGAGCAGGCCUACGGUUACCCCAAGCGCAGCCUUGAGGGCCACUCUCACAUCGUCUCUGACUGUGUGAUCUCCUCCGACGGUGCCUACGCUCUGUCCUCCUCCUGGGACAAGACCCUCCGCCUGUGGGAGCUCUCCACUGGUGAGACCACCCGCAAGUUCGUCGGCCACACCAACGACGUCCUCUCCGUCUCCUUCUCUGCCGACAACCGCCAGAUUGUCUCCGCUUCCCGCGACCGCUCCAUCAAGCUCUGGAACACCCUCGGUGACUGCAAGUUCACCAUCACCGACAAGGGCCACUCCGAGUGGGUUUCCUGCGUUCGCUUCAGCCCCAACCCCCAGAACCCCGUCAUCGUCUCUGCUGGUUGGGACAAGCUCGUCAAGGUUUGGGAGCUCGCUUCCUGCCGUCUCCAGACCGACCACAUCGGUCACACCGGUUACAUCAACGCCGUCACCAUCUCCCCCGAUGGAUCCCUCUGCGCCUCCGGUGGCAAGGACGGUACCACCAUGCUCUGGGAUCUCAACGAGUCCAAGCACCUCUACUCCCUCCAGGCCGGUGACGAGAUCCACGCCCUGGUCUUCUCCCCCAACCGCUACUGGCUGUGCGCUGCCACCGCCAGCAGCAUCACCAUCUUCGACCUCGAGAAGAAGAGCAAGGUUGAUGAGCUCAAGCCCGAGUUCAUCGAGAAGGGCAAGAAGAGCCGCGAGCCCGAGUGCAUCAGCUUGGCCUGGAGCGCUGAUGGCCAGACUCUGUUCGCUGGUUACACCGACAACAAGAUCCGUGCCUGGGGUGUCAUGUCGCGGGCUUAA